AGCUGGAUCGCGUUCGCAGCAUCGAUUGUAAAUGUCAGCAGUGGCAGUGCUUUGUUUUCUGUUUUGCUCGAAUAAAUCGACGACGGAAAUUUUCAUUGGUUGGAACUGGCGCAACCCGUUCUGAAUCACAGUUUCAACCCCAACCCGAUUCAGCAAUGUCCGACGCAACGUCGCAACCCUCGUCAUCAACGGCACCGAAAAGCUUUGCCGAAAAACAUGCCGAGCGAAUGGAGCGCUUGAAAAAACUUCACAUGCAGCGGAACGAAGCCCGGAACUCGAACCAUCAGGAAGUAAUCGCGGAAGACGAAAGGAAAAAGCUGCCAGCCAACUGGGAGGCACGGAAGCGGCAGGCAGAUUGGCUCAUCGAUGAUAGCAAAGCAAAGGCAGAAGCGGAAGCCAAAGGUUUGGACUAUAAUCGGGUGAAAUUGAUGAAAGUAUCUGCAGCAGAAGCGGAACGGUUCGAUAAGCUGAGAUCCAAGAAAAAGAAUGCCGAUCCCGGAUUUUCGGAUUAUGAAGCCCAGACGGCCCGACAGUACAAUCGGUUGGUUAAAAACAUGGAACCGAGAGAUCUGAUCAAGUAUGAAGAGCAAAAGGAAAGAUAUGGUGAUGCGUUCUACGGGGGACCAAAUGUGGUUCUGCAAGGACUUCACAAGGACACUCCGGUGGCGAUCGACAAAAUGGUCAAGGAUCUCGAGCAGCAGAUCGACAAACGGAAGAAGUUCUCGCGCAGGAGAACCCACAACGACGAUGCGGACAUUGACUACAUCAACGAGAAGAAUGCCCGGUUCAACAAGAAGCUGGAACGAUUCUACGGGGAGCACACGGCCGAAAUCAAGCAGAAUCUGGAACGGGGAACGGCCAUCUAAUUGGCGGGGCUUGGGCUUUUAAUGUUAGUUUUAAGGAUUGUGAAGAAAUAAACGCAGCAUUACUUGUAAAUUUAAAAUAAAACAUAAAAGAGAAUAACAA